CUGACACUUGACUUUCGCUCAGGCUUCGCUGCUCUUGUAGCCUCGACGAAUGCCUCAAAAAGCUAUAUAAAUCGCACUGAAGCACUUUAGCUAAGCUAGCUAACACGCUAGCUCCUCUUCAUAUGUGAUUCUCGAGAAGAAAGGAAUAUUGGGACUGGAGCAGUAGUUCAUGGACGACAAGAAAAGGAAAAAAGACGACAAAAGGAAAAGGGAAGCCUCUCAGAAGGUUAUAGAACAAAAAAACAAAGUGCCAGACCUGACCAAGCCCACGUCUGCUCAGUCUCCUGCCGCUCAGAGCAGCUCUGCCUCGCCUAGCCCUGGACCCACCCCCUCUGCUUCACCUUCGCUGGGCACCCCGGGCUCUGGUAGUGCUGCCCCCUCACAGGGUGGCAACAAUGCCAAACGCCUGCUGGUGGCCAACGGACAGCCCGCCUCCACCUCCAGUUCUUCCUCCACCACAGGUGGCCCCAGUGCCACAGGAAACGGCACCUCGAGUAGCGGAGGUGGUGCCCAAACGCCUCAGCAACAACCACGCUACAUGCCGAGAGAAGUGCCGCCGCGAUUCCGCUGCCAGCAGGACCAUAAAGUGCUACUGAAGAGGGGUCAGCCGCCACUGUCCUCUAUGCUGCUGGGAGGUGGUGGAGGGGAUAGCCCUAAUGCAAACUUGGCUGUUUCAGAUUCUGGUGCAGCUGCCUCCUCAUUAGCUCUCACCUCAUCAUCAGUUGCUGCUUCUACUACUUCUUCUAAUUAUGCAAAUUCCAUGUGGGGAGUGAGCUCAGGCAGCCAGGCCUCCUCUCAGGGCAGGGAGAAGGUCAUUGUUGAUGGGAACGAUCUGGAGGAGUGGCCUAGCAUCGCAGGCAGUGAAGGAGGUGGUAGCGGUGGCAGCAACAACGGGACGUCUGUGAACAGCACUAGUGCCUCUGGCAAUCAGCCCUCACCCACUUCCUCUUUCUCUUUGCCCAAUGAAUGUAUGCAGUCGUCCAGUGGUGCGGCAUGGGGGACGGCUGCCUCCCAGGGUCAUCUUGGAGGAGGGAGCGCAGUUGCUGUGUCUGGGCCCUCCUCUCUUUCCAAAGCUUCCACUGUGCCAGGGAGCCACGACGCCAGUGGCCCCGCGGAGGGCAGUAGUGGAAUUCCAGGUGCCAAUUUAAAUCCAAAUGCCAACCCUUCAGCCUGGCCUGCCCUGGUGCAGCAGGACGGGCCUGCUGCUUCAGGAGAAGGAGGCCCGUCUUCCUUCCAUCACCAGGGCCCGGGGGGGCCCUUGUCUGCCAACAACUCUGCUUCUCUGGGCCUUGGAGCCGGGGCCCUCGGGAUGCUGGGGGGUCAGUCACCUUUAUCUGUGAAUCAAUCAAGCGCCCAUCAGCAUCAACUUCACCAAAUGCAAUCUAGAGACGGAAAGUGGGAUAGUGAAUCAGUGGGACCAAAUACAGCAGGAGGAGAAGGACCUGGUGGGGUCAUGGACCGCAGUGGCGUAGGAGGAGACCAUAGCCUUGUUUCUUCUUGGAGAGGCCAGCCUUCUUUUCCUGCAUCAAACUCCAAAACGGGUGCCUCAAGGACUGAUAGCUGGGACACUGGUGGUGGCACAGGGGUGUUCGUAGCUGCUGAAGGGGAUAAUGGAACCUCGGGUUGGGGUUACCCAGGUUCAACAAGUGGGGUUAAUGCCUGGGGGAAUGUUGGGGGAAACACGAGUCAGACCUCUGGGGUAUCUCAGGGAGGGUGGGGGUCAGACAGAGGAGCACCUAGUAGUGACUGGGGAGGGGGAGAGGUGAAGGGUGGAGCUGCCAGUAGCAACAGUGGAGUCGGUGCCGCUGGCAACCCACCCACCUCUGCUCCCUCAUCUCUGUCUGCAACAAUGAGCAGAGCUUGGGACAAUCAGAAGGGAGAGGGUGAAUCAGGGGAGUGGGUGGGGGGACAGGGUGCACAGGGGGGAUCUUCUUCCAGCGGUGGAAACUCCAGAGCUGGGAGUGCGCCUAACAGCAGUCAUAGUCGUUCUCGCCGACAGGCACCAAAUGCUGAAGCUGCCUUACAGAAUCUUCUCAAUCGUUCAGAUCUAGACCCCAGGGUCCUAUCAAACACAGGCUGGGGACAGACGCAAAUCAGACAAAACACAACCUGGGAUGUUGAAGAUCAUGGACAAAAUAAACUUGGAUCAAAGCCCUCCUUGUCUGGUGGUGGCUCUUCUCAGUUUCCUGGCUCCAGGUCGAUCAGUGAAUCUAUGGUUUCAUCUGCUGGUUCCUCUGGAGAGGGCUGGGAGAGCAGCAGCAACAGUAGCAGUAGUGGAGCCUCUAUCUCAGGGAGAGGCCCACCCACAUCAGGCCCCAGCAUAAGAAAUGUCAACAUGUCACAGUCUGGGCCAGUGUCUUCAUCAGGGCCUGGUGUAGGCCCUGGGGUCGUGUCAGGACCAACCCAGCAGGGAACCGCUACAGGCUGGGGCAGAGCAGGGACAGGGGAGAGCCAGGAAGCCAAAGGGUGGGGAAAUGAAGAGAGGAGAGAUGCCAGACCAGGAAAUGGAGGAGGUUGGGGUGAUCCUGGUCAGCAGGGUGAGCCGCUGGGGGGUGGCUGGGGAGAAGGUCAGGAGGAAAAAGGGACAGGUGGAUGGAAAGAACUGGGAGGGGAUGCACGUGGAAGUGGGUGGGGAUCUGGGCAAAAAGUGAGGACAGGUAGAGACUGGGGUGAGCAAGAGCGUAAAUCAAAUGGAGGUGGAUGGGAAGACGAGAGGAAAAAUGGGCCAGGAAACUCAGGUGGGGAUUCAGGUGUGGGUGGCUGGGGAAGUUGGGAUGAAAGUGGCCCCAGAAGAACCUGGGGUGCGGGUGGUACGGGGGGUGGGGGUAGUGCUGGAGGUGGGAUGGGGGUUAUUGGUUCCAAAUCUCACCAAGGUUGGGGUGGAGGAAACAAAAUGCAUCAAAUGCCAAACAGCCAGUCGGGUCCAGUCCCAGGCCCACAGGCACAACUGCAACAGCAACAAUCACAGCCCCGCAAUCAGCACCCACAGCAAACAUCAGACCAAGGGGUUAUGCAAGGGGCCAUGGGGCGCAAACCCAUGCCUCCAGCCCACAACCAAAGCUCAGGCUGGACUUCAGGUCCCAUUCCUACUGGUCCAGCAGGAAGUGGUCCUGAACCUAGUGGUUGGGAUGAACCAUCACCACAGUCUAUCAGUAGGAAGGGUGACAUUGAUGAUGGAACCUCAGCUUGGGGAGAUCCAACUAAUUACAAUUAUAAGCCGGUCAACCUCUGGGACAAGAACAAUCCUCCCAAUGGCCCACAGUCCCAAAGUCAGGGUCAGACUCCCCAUCAGCCGCAAGGACCAACAGGCCAGCAGCCGUCAAACAGACCGCCCCCCACACUUGGGGCCAACUUCAGUACUGCCCAUGGGCCAGGAAAAGCACCUGCUUUAGGUCCUUCAGGUUGGGGAAGUACUUCUCCUACUAGCCCAACAGUUGACAAUGGCACAGCAGCUUGGGGAAAGCCUACUGAUGCUCCCACUGGUUGGGGUGAUCCAGAUGAAGGAGGAAAGUCAACAGGAUGGGGCAGUCCCUCCCCUAACCCUAUUAAAUCUGGGUCAAAGUCUAUGCAAGAUGGCUGGGGAGACAAAGAGGGCUCUGUGGCAGCCUCACGUCACUCCAGCUGGGAGGAGGAAGAGGAAGGGGGCGGCCUGUGGAACAGUGCUGGCUCCCAGGGGAGUGGCUCCUCUUGGGGUCAGGGAAGUAAUGGAGGCUGGGGACAGACCCACACUGGGAAGAAGCCCAAUAAUAAAGGUCCAUUGAAAUCUGGAGACUCAUGGAUGGGCCCCCUCAAUAGACAGUUUUCAAAUAUUGGACUUUUGAAUGAUGAUCCUGGUGGUUCAACUAUGGAUUUGGGCACAAAUUCCCUGCAGGACAAAAAGAUGGAUGCUGAUAAAAGAGGCAUGGGAAUGAGUGAUUACAAUGGAGAUAUGAGAAAAGCAGGAAGAGGAGGAGUAGGAAUGGGUUACCGAUCGUCUGGCACCAAAGACUCUGCACCUGGUGAUGCUGGGUCCUUCUAUGAUAAGACCUUGCCUUUGACCAAUCAAGAUGGGUUUCCUGGGGAAGAGGGUUCUGUGAAUACAUCACCCACUUUCUACAAGCCCCAUUCCCUCUUCAACCACACAUUCCCUCUUAGACAAGGUAGCCAUGGUAUCUUUGGCAAUGUUGGCGGGAUCCCCCAAUCAAGGCACCAACCAAGUGUCCCACCCAUGAACCAGUCCCCAGGGAUCCGAGCACAAGUGCCUCAUCAGUUCCUGUCACCUCAGGUGCCAGGCUCCGUGCUGAAGCAGAUGCCCCCUCCCAGCGGGAGCGUGGGGGGUGUUGGUGCUGUGGGAGGAGUGGCAGGAGUUGGGGGAGGUGUGUUCCCUCCACAAUUGUCCCCACAGCACAUCGCCAUGCUCGGCAUCUACCCCCCUCACAUCCAGUUUCAGCUGGCCUGUCAGCUCCUCCUUCAGCAGCCACAACAGCAACAACAGCAACAGCAGCUUCUGCAGAACCAGAGGAAAUUCACACCCAAUGUGCGACAGCAGACAGAUCCUCAGCAGCUUGCCAGAAUUAUGGCUGUGCUUCAGCAGCAAAGACAGCAGCAGCAGGUGGGGGGACUGGGAGGAGGCUCCAAAUUGUCCCCCUCCCACCACACUGCAGGUGGAAUGGGUCCUAAGAUGCCUGGGGCUGAUCCCCUGUCUCACUCAGGCCUGGCUGCAUCUGUGGCUGACCUGCAACAGAAAACACAUGGGCCCUACUCUGGUUUUGGUUCUGGAGUGAACCUCUCAGGUCUGGACCUGGGCAGCUCUGUUAUUGGGGGGCCAGGGACCAUGAAGGACUUUGGGGGUCAGCAAUCACGCUUCAAAUGGAUGAUGGAAGGCCAGUCAUCACCAGACUCCUCUCAUGCUGAGAAUGCAUUCCAUAAAAAUGGCCCCGUCGCUCCCAUGAAAAUGCCAGGGGGCUCGCCCUAUUCACAAUACGACAUGAUGGUUGGAGAUGGCCUUGGUGAUAACUGGCACCGCACACCUGGGAAUAAAAUGGGAGCCAAGGCUACUACUGCACCCAGCUGGCCUCCAGAAUUCCAACCUGGUGUGCCCUGGAAAGGAAUAGAUCGCGUAGACCCUGAUACAGAUCCCUACAUAACGCCAGCGAUGAUGGGAAAUGCAGUGUCUCCAGGGCUCAAUGACAGCGAGCACCAGUUAUUAGACAACACUGAUUCCACUCCUCCCCUCAACACCUUGCUGCCUUCACCUGGUGCCUGGCCUUUCAGUGCCUCAGACAGCCCUCUCUCCAACGCACACAACUCGGCAAAGUACACUGACUUCAAGACCAGCUGGCCUCCAGAACCCAUCGGACACAAAUCGUGGAAAGCUAAUCGUGGGGGCAGCCAGAGCCAACUUUCCCGUCCUCCUCCGGGGCUGGCCAGUCAGAAGCAAUCUUCUCCCACCCCAUGGUCAGGUGGAGCCCCAAGAUUGGCUGGCAGGGCCUGGGGCAGUGGAUCAGGCACAGCCGGCACAACCUGGAGCGAUGGAAGCCCUCGAGAAAGUUGUUGGUUGGUGCUAAGCAAUCUCACCCCUCAGAUCGAUGGCUCGACCUUGAGGACCAUCUGCAUGCAGCACGGCCCUCUGUUGACUUUUCACCUCGGCCUGACCCAGGGAUCAGCCCUCAUACGCUACAGCUCCAAACAAGAAGCUGCUAAAGCCCAGAGUGCACUUCACAUGUGUGUUUUAGGAAACACAACCAUCUUGGCAGAGUUUGUGAGUGAGGAGGAUGUGGCUCGGUACAUCGCACAUUCCCAGGCAGGAGGAGCAGGAAGUGGAGGAACUCAGGCAGGUUCUGCCGGCUCUGGGCCUGCUGCUGCCCCUGCACUGGGGGCUAAUGGUAGUGCGGGUGAUAGAGCAGCAGGGGGCAGUGCGGGGGCAGUGGGGGUAGAAGCAGCUUCCACAGCAGGAGCUGGGCCCAACAGCUCAGGAUGGAGUUUGGACAGCACAGGCAGCUCAUCAGACCAGACCGCCACCCAUGGGCCCGGGCUGGGAGUCUUUGCCCAAUGGAGCAGCAACGGAGCCGGACAGGCUGGAGGUGUGGAGGCAGGGAGGCAAGCUCUAUGGGGGGGCAUGGGGGGCAUGAGUGGAGCAGGUUACCACAGCAACAGCCUCUGGGGCUCUCCUGCACUGGAGGAUCGCCAUCAGAUGGGCAGCCCCGCCUCCCUGCUGCCAGGGGACCUGCUGGGUGGAGGGGCUGACUCCAUCUGAGGGUUAUUAUAUUCAUGCUCAUUUUACACUCGUAUAAAACACAUUAGGCUCUGUAUUUAUGUACUCAGAGACUAUGUAGAACUAAGCUACACUGGUCACUCAACAAAAAGACCAUAUUACAGGUCACAUGCAGUACCUUUAUCUCCAUUUCUUUCAUUCUUUCAUGUUAACCCACUCAACUUUAAAUGAAGAUGACCGUAAAACUUGAACUGGAGGAGAAGGUGGAACUUAUUCAACUCUUUAAGACUCAUGAGGAGGACUGCUCUUUGGUUUUAUUCCAAGUCCCAUUUUAUGCAUUCAAAGAUCCAAUCACUCAGGCAUGCACUGUAGACAAGCUCAGCCAGAGUCGUACAUGUUAACAGGUUUAGCUAUUGCUGUUCUAAGUGUGCCACAAUCAUGAUCUUCUUUUUGUUUUGUAUUAGUAUUUAAAAGUUGAGUCUCAAAAAUCAGACUUGCGGACUGAGCCCCCAUAGACCCAGCUGUCGUACAGAGUUCUCUAAAAGAAAGAGAUCAGAGGCGACGCUACACUACUGAAACGAACGGACGAUUGAGAUUUGAAUCCAGAGACUUAAGUUGGUACUGAAAAAUCUGCCUUCUGUGGAAAUCUGCCAUCAGUGUGGGACCCAAGGUUGGAAACGGGAAUUGAAACAAAAAUCAACAUUAGCCAAACUUGCACUAAACGCCUCUGGGUCGUUGUAUGGUGACGCAUCCUCCACUUUUAACUGUCCAUUGUUUCCGAGACUGAGCUACAAAACAGCUACUAAAGCCCUUAACCGGACGACAUAAUGUUACAACAGCAGUGGCCUUGGCUUCAUCAUGGCCACCCCAGCAAACCUUUCAGCACCAACACUUUUUUCAUCAGUUACACACUGCUUAUAUUUGACAAGCGAAAUUGUAUUCUCUUUGAUGUAUGUCGGUUGUUUAGCUUUCGUUAUUUUAAAAGAGAGACAAAAAAAUAAUUGUGUGAAACUUUGUGAAAAUCCAAGAGAUGUCCUCCUUUUUUUCGCCCUUCAAAAAACACUGACCUCGCUAUUGUAUUUUUUUUUCUUACUCGAAUCACAUUAGUUAUUAUCUAUUGUCAGGAUGUCGAUGAUGAUGAUGAUGACGACUUAUUUACUCGCUGUACCAGGUGCCCUCCUGCCUGCCUAAGUGUGCAUGAAAGGACCGUUGUCAGUGUGACUGGACGGAGGACAAUGUCGAGAUGAAGAUAUCGAGUGUGUAUUAUUGCUACCAUGUUGAAUGUCCUUUUUUUUGUUUUUUUCUUGAUCUUGUCCACGAGAGAUUCAUGAUAAAAUUGUGGCGUGCUUCUGUGUGUGCUUGCCUUUUGAAUAUGUAUAGGCCACAGUCAGGGAAGUGAAAAAAACUGACAGGUUGUGUAAGGAAAGAGUGUAUGUGUAUGUGAGAGUAGACUGGACAUAUUGACAGCUUAAAAGUUCAAAAACAAUGGCACUAUUGCAUACGUCUUUUAAGUUUGUUUUUUUAGCAGCAUUUUGUUUCUGUUUGUAUUAUUUACUGUUAAAUGCAAUAAGAGAAUAUUUUGUUUUUAAGACGAAGCAACCAACUGAAGGCAUUUUCUGCUCAAAUGCCAAAUCCUACCAUACCAAGCUGAGCUGGAACAGUGUUUUACACACGUUAAAGACAUUACUGUUAUGUUUUACUGUUUGUUUUUGUUAUUAUGUAUCAAUUUAAAUUAAGUCAGUCUUUAUUAUCACUCCUGUUUAGGAUGUUUUCAUUUAUUUCAAAUGUUGCAAAGGAGAGGAAAUUAAUUUAAUGCAGAAAAAGAACAAGGUAAUAAAGGUUGAAUUGAAA